UGAGUGUACUCUGGGCCGUAUAAGUGACCGUGCACACUUGUUCUGAACCACAGUUGCAGACAUUCGGCAAAGUCACUGCGACCAUCAACCUUCGCUGGAGACUUUGUUUUCGGGGUCAUAGCUUCAUAGCUUGUUAUCCGUGUAUGUGAACGCAUCCGAUCGUAACCAUAGCAACGCGACAAUGCGAGUUCUAAUUUCACAGCUCUUUAUUUGAAUCUUAUAUUCUACCAGUCUUUAUAUCAAAGAUAUAACAGUGCAUAGUAUUGGGGAAAAGCAUAUUAACUCUCCUUUGGUUUUCAUUCCAGUCAGUAAUCGUUAAAUCAAUUCGUUACGAGGCAUCUUAAUUGAAAAUCUAACGCGAAACUGGAAAAAAACAGUCUGUUUCUUUAACAGAGCGGUGUGCAACACCUUAUUGCAAAACAAGCCCAGAAAUAGUGCGCCUAUUCGUAAUUAGGAGUGGUGGUUAGUCGCGUGUGUGCUGAUGAGGAUUCAGUUCAGCAGCGCCUUGUGUUGUCACCAUGAGGCUCGCCGGGGAGUCAGUAUCUUCACCUGGUAGCUCCCGCUAUAGUCGGUCACCACGUGGGCCCUCAAGGGCUCCCCUCGCCCGGGCGGCGCGGCCCCGAGAUUCUAAGACCAGCAGCAACAGUAGUAAUGGGAGGGUAUACGGCGUCGUGGGCGUCGUGGCGCUCAGUUGCUACCUCAACGGCCUGACCGGGGACUUCGUCCACGAUGACAUUCCCGCGGUCACGCAGAACAAGGACGUGCUGGGACUCAGCCCCCUGAGCCACGUGUUCCGCAAUGACUUCUGGGGCACUGCGAUGAGCGACGUUAACAGCCACAAGUCCUACAGGCCACUCACCACACUCACCUUCAGGUACAAGAAUAAAGGUGAACGACACGAAGCUGUGGAUGAUAAACGAGGUGGCAUUUACGUACGGGAAACAUUGGUUUUAUGAAUAAGAUGACAAUUU